CAAACGGACCGUGAAAAGUGACCUCUUCAGCAGUGAUGCUCUCGCAGGAUGGAGAAGCGUACAUUGCGAGUCGCGUACCUGCCUGUCCGUGCCUCGCUGACCGAAGGUGGCCUUCUUUAGAGAGUGACGAGGCUAGGAGCAAAAAAUGCCGGCGAGGCUCCAAGCAGCCAGUGCUGGACUUCCCUUGUCCUCCUGUCCUGGUCGAGCUGCUGGCCCACCACUGGAGAGAUCUGCAGGACGGGUUCUCAGACCCUGAGGAGCUCAAUAAGAUUCUAGUGUUCCAAAGUGACGAGCUGCGGUGGACUGCACAGAAGCGUGGACUUUGGUCGCUGGAAUAUAAGCGGGAGCUGACAAGCCCGCUCUGCAUAGCUGCGGCUCAAGGCUUUAACGAGUGUCUGCAGUACCUGCUCGAGCACGGAGCUCAUCCCAAUCUCAGCGCAGGAGGGAAGGCAGCCCUGCAUGAAGCCUGUGCAAACAGCAAUACUGAGUGUGCAGAGCUUCUCUUAGAGCACGGAGCCAACCCGGACCAGCUGACGGAGGACGGGCUGACACCACUGCAUCUGUGCAGGACACCCCAGUCGCUGCGCUGUGCUAAGGCCCUGGUGCGUCACGGUGCCAAGGUAGACCUUCCCAGUGAGGAGGAGGAGGAGACUCCACUACACGUGGCAGGGAAGCACGGCCUGCCGCAUCACGCUCAGCUCUACCUGCGAUACGGCGCACGCAUCGACCACGUCAGCUGCUCAGGGGAGACGCCGCUGGGGGUGGCAUGCAGGGAAGCCCAGGAGAAGAUGAGUGAAGGUCAGGAGGGACACCUUCAGCUUUGCCGUCUCCUUUUGGCUUAUGGAGCUAACGUUAACCUCGCCGACAAGGAGCGGCGCACUCCUCUGCACAAAGCUGCCCGCAACGUCCAGAUCAGCCUGGUGAAGCUUCUCCUGGAUCAUGGGGCGGAUAUCAACUCCAUCGACUACAACGGCUGUUCACCACUGUCCAGUGUACUGCAGAGCUCGGUAGUCCGUCAGGAGUGGCAGCCGCACGUCGUUGUUCAGACGCUGUUAAACCAUGGAUCCAUUCAGAUUUGGCCACAGGCACUGCUUAAGGUAUUGACAGCCUGUGCAGAGGCACCGAAGACUGUGGAGAUCCUGUUUAACUCCUACACCCUCAUUCCUGUCACAUCCAAGUGGGUUGAAGCCAUACCUGAGGACACGUUCAAGCUUCACAGACCGUUUUAUGAGUCUCUCUUUGCGCUGGAGUACAGGCCGCGCUGUUUACAGCACCUCUGCAGAGCUGCACUGAGAAAACACUUCGGGAAGCUCUGUCACUCACUCGUCCCCCGGCUGCCCGUCCCCAAGACCCUGCAGGACUAUCUGCUCCUGGAACCUGAGGGCUGCAUCAACUAGAACAGCGGAGCUCAGCGCUGGGUUCAGAGGGCAGAUAAACAAAUAAAACUGACACUGUAAUCAUAAUAUACUACACUAUAAUAACCCUGCUGGAGCCAUUAAGUGUUUCUGUUGGUUCCUAAUGGUUUUGUAAUGUGUUUUGGCUUUUUUAAUAGGUUGAUUUCACAGUGUAAAGGAUCUUAUUGGUUUAAAGAGUAACUCCACCCCACUAUUUUCAGCUGACUCCACCCCUGGCUCAGCUUUGA